CCCACAUUCUCCAUCUCCAUCUUCUUCAAACAAUUUUCUCUCUUUCAAGACAUUACACAAACACAAGGAGGAGCAACACAAUUCAAAUGGGGAAUUACGUUUCCUGCACCUUGUCAGUGACUGUGGGCAAGACCUCCAGCAGGGUAACAAAGGUCAUCUUCCCCUCCGGCGAGAUCCGGCGACUGUGCGAGCCCACCAAGGCCGCAGAACUCAUGCUGGAGACCCCCAAUUCUUUUCUCGUCAACACCAGGUCUCUGCAGAUUGGAAGAAGGUUUGCUGCUCUCAAUGCCGACGAAGACCUCGAAAUGGGCAACGUCUACGUGUUUUUCCCCAUGAAGCGCCUGAACUCGGUGGUUAUGGCGGCGGACAUCGGCCCGCUAUUCAUGGCGGCGAAUUCCGCCGCCAAGAGGGGCGCUCUUGCCGGCGUCAGAAUCUUGCCGGAGGCGGGUGCCGAUGUGCAGAGUGGUGAGAAAGGAUUUCCGGCGGCGCCGAAGCUGAAUUUGGACGAUAUAGAAGAGUUCUCGACGCCGGAGUUCAGGCACAGAUUGUCCAUGUGCAGGUCCAAGAAGCCAUUGCUAGAGACUAUAGUUGAAGAACCAGUCUGGUUGAGAUGAUUGAAAAACGAUCUACCUUUUUCAUAUUUCUUCAAGUUUGAUCUUUCAAGUUUAGGCAAAGACAUACUUGUAUUUUUGGCUGGCUUCUUCUUCUUCUUCUUCUUCUUUUUUUUUUUUUUAGCAUGAGAUUAUAUAUAUAUAUAUACAUAUAUACUUGGAAAGGAUUUGUAUACAACAA